AUGGUGGUGGUAUACCAGAUCUCCAAGAAGGUGCACCUCCUGCCCCGAGACAUGUCCUGCUACAACCAGUGCCUGCCGUGCCUGCCGUGCCAACCCUGUGGCCCAACCCCGCUGGCCAACAGCUGCAAUGAGCCCUGUGUCAGGCAGUGCCAAAACUCCAACGUUGUCAUUGAACCCUCUCCCGUGGUGGUGACCCUGCCUGGCCCCAUCCUCAGCUCCUUCCCGCAGAACACCGUUGUGGGAUCCUCCACCUCCGCUGCCGUUGGCAGCAUCCUCAGCUGUGACGGAGUCCCCAUCAACUCCGGAUGCUGUGACCUUUCCUGCCUGGGCAGCCGCUACUGCGGCAGAACCUGCCUCCCCUGCUAA